GACCAGCCCCAGUCUUACUUCCUCCUACAGCGGCUCAUGGUAAAACACGUCUUCAGCGGCUCCCUCGGUUCUCACUCUCUCUUGCUCUCUUGUCUCCCGCUGUCUCUCGCCGUCUCUCCGCUCCUCUCGCUAUGGGAAACUGGGCAGCCAACGAGGGGCUCUCCACCUUCGUGAUUCUCGUCUGGCUGGGGAUCAAUGCCUUCCUCUUCGUCCACUUCUACAUGGCCUUCCUCACCGAGAGGUUCUACUACACCAGGGUUAUCCUGGGGCACGCCCUGUCAUGGGCCAGAGCCCCGGCCGCCUGCCUCAACUUCAACUGCAUGCUGGUCCUGCUGCCCGUCUGCCGCAACCUGCUGUCCUUCCUGCGAGGGUCCGUCCAGCGCUGUAGUCGCACUGCAGCCCGACAGCUAGACAGGAACCUCACCUUCCAUAAGCUGGUGGCGUACAUGAUAGCCUUUCACACAGCCAUCCACAUCCUGGCCCACCUGUUCAACUUUGAGAGGUUCAUGGGUGCUCAGCUGGACAGCAAUUCCUCCCUGGAAUAUGUGCUCUCCCGGAUUGGCAACGAAGACGGCAAGGCCUUCCUGAACCCGAUCACAACCAGUGAUACUAACCCCACGUACGUGAUGUUCACGACCAUCGCUGGGCUAACUGGGGUGGUGAUCACUCUGGCUCUGAUCCUGAUGAUCACCUCCUCUAUGGAGGUCAUCCGCAGGUCCUACUUCGAGGUCUUCUGGUACACCCACCACCUCUUUGUCAUCUUCUUCAUCGGUCUGGUCCUCCACGGCGUAGGACGCAUUGUGCGCGGACAGACGGAGGAAGACCUGAAAGUGCACGAUCCGAAGGUGUGCGAGAAGCUAUACGAGACCUGGGGAAAGAACGGCACCUUCUGCCCCGUGCCAAAUUUCGCCGGGAGUCCACCAGUGACGUGGAAGUGGGUUGUGGGGCCGAUGUUCCUGUACGUGUGUGAGAGACUCGUGCGAUUCUACCGAUCUCAACAGAAGGUUGUGAUAACCAAGGUGGUGAUGCACCCCUCCAAGACAUUAGAGCUGCAGAUGAAGAUGAAGGGGUUCCAGAUGGAGGUGGGCCAGUACGUAUUCCUGCAGUGCUCCUCCAUCUCCCAGCUGGAGUGGCACCCCUUCACCCUCACCUCUGCCCCAGAGGAGGACCACUUCAGUGUGCACAUCCGCAUCGUGGGCGACUGGACGCAGGGGCUGUACGAGGCCUGCGGCGGGGACAAGCCCGGCACCCAGGAGGCCUGGAAACUGCCAAAGAUGGGUGUAGAUGGUCCUUUUGGAACUGCCAGUGAGGAUGUGUUCCGGUACGAGGUGGUCAUGCUGGUGGGUGCUGGCAUCGGAGUAACACCCUUCGCCUCCAUCCUUAAAUCGGUGUGGUACAAGCAAGUACAGGAGAAUAGCAACGUCUUCACCAAGAAGAUUUACUUCUACUGGCUGUGCCCGGAGACGGAGGCCUUUGAGUGGUUUGCUGACCUGCUGCAGAGCUUGGAGGGCCAGAUGUUGGAGAAGGGCAUGACAGACUUCUUAAGUUAUAACAUUUACCUGACCAGGUGGAAGGAAACUGAGGCGGCUCACUUCAGAGUUCACCAUGAGGCAGAGAAUGACCCAAUCACAGGGCUGAAGCAGAAGACCCUGUACGGGAAGCCCAACUGGGACAACGAGUUCAACGCCAUCGGAGCAAAGCAUCCUGGGUCCAAAGUCGGAGUAUUCCUGUGUGGCCCUACUGCACUGGCGAAAGCUCUGGAGAAACAGUGCAACACCUACUCCAAGUCCGACGCAGAUUUCAUCUUCAACAAGGAGAACUUCUGACCUCACCUCACCCUGCUUCUGCUUGCUCAACCGCCUCUGUGUUCAACGGGGGAGAUCUUCAGCGGCCAAUGUUCACCCUUGCUCUUAGAAUUUGUAGCCAAUGAGCUAGUGACACACACUGAAGGCAUAACAGGUCUGGCUGUAUUUCGCCAUCUCCAGUAUUAUAUUUUUACAUGUUUGUUUUUCAUGGACACCAAGGUGUUCAUGGGCACCAACUUUUUUUCAUUUGAAUUUUAAUAUUGGCAAUCUAUGAUGGCUUUAAUAUUGUACAGUUUUACCAUGUGCUAAAGGUUCUUUUGAAUGUGCCGGCCUUUUGAUUCACCGUUUCGCAGUUUUGUUUGAGUCCACCUGAGCGCUUUUCCUGCUUUUUCAUGCAUAAAAGAAUUUGGCCAUUCAAAUAAGAUCUCUUAGUGAUACUUUGUUCUGAAAGAAAAGCCUUAGGUAUUGCUCAAAUGGUGCUCUUCUGGAAACCGUGAAUUGGAACAGACUCAGAGAGCAAAUAAACCCAAGACACUCCUCUGAGAUAAAAUGAAUGUUUGAAAGCCUUUACUGGAAGGGCAGCUCCAUAUAAGGAACCACUGAAAAGCGAGCACAGGGAUGUGUGUCACAUGCAGUCACAAAGGACAGGGUAAUGCCCAUGGUUUUCUACAGGGCGGAGUCAGUCUCUUUCUGACACAUGCCUCAGAGGGCUAGCUUGGUUCAACUGUUUAAUGUAUAUUUAGUGGUAACUAAGAAAACAACAUUGCAUUUGAUGGUGAAGUAUUAAUUUACUCCUUUUGCUUAACUAUGCAUACGCCUUUCCUUUUCUCGACCAUAACAGCAAGUGUAACAUUAAUGACUGAAUAAAAUAAAUUAACCGAACAGUGAAAUUGUUCUUGCAGUUGAAAAAGGUGAUGUAAUAACGGCAUUGGCAAUAGUCCCAGAGAACGGCUAUUGCAAUAUUCAGGGCACUACUGCCUUUAUUUAUGGGAAGUGGUUACAGACGUCCUUUUGUUGAGACUGUCCACUGUACUUGGAUAUUUCAUAAUGUGGUUUCCUGCACAAACCCAUGGUGAAACCGCCUGACAAAAAUGGCUUCACCAGUUUGUUUGCUGCAAACGCCGCUGGUUUAAUACUUCCCUGUUUAAGUUUGGUCUCGUUAUUUAAAAGCUAUUCAAGCGACGACUGAAGACUCACCUCUUCAGGCUGCACCUCUCCCCAUCCCUCCCUACCCCCCUGUAAAUGACUGUAAGCUUAGGGUUGUAACUAGGCAGCUGUUUCGUAGGUGACUUAGGUGCAUUAACUGUCUUAACUACUGCUUGUAUUUUUUCCAUAGACUGCGUUGUUGCUGUUCUCCUUGUGUUAGUGUUAAUCAGUUUAACCUUCAGGGUUCAAGUUGAACUAUGCGGUUGUUCCCUGCACUUUGACCGGUACUACUUCUGUCUAGGGUUUUCGUCAUACUUGUUCCUGGUUAUGGUUAUACACUUUGUUGUACGUCGCUCUGGAUAAGAGCAUCUGCCAAAUGCCUGUAAUGUAAUGUAAUGUAAUGCUAGUUCACAAUUGAUAUAUUUUUUAAAUAUGGUAUUUCAUUCAUAUGAUUAUUGCCUUAAUGCAUGUGGCUGUAAAUGUUCACCCUUUCUGGGAUUCAGUGCUUCAGCCUAGCUGAGUUUUAUUAAAUUCAGGCCAUGGCUAGGGUCAAUUCCAUUUGAACUCAUCAACUCAGGAAAGAAUUCAUAAAUAAUUCAUGAAUCCAUAAAUUUCCAUAUUAAUAUAUGAGGAUUUUGCAAUUAAUUCACUGACUUGUACAUGUAUUUCCUGAACUGCCCUGACUGAAAUAGAAUCGACCUAGACUCCAGGUCACGCUACUGUACAGUACAUUUGGGUACCAUUCAGCCCAUUCUCUGCUCAAUGCUACCACCUAGUGGCUAUAAUGCAAACAAUAAGCACAUCAAUAAAACACUUUUUUUGCUGUUUUAA